AUGCCGUACUAUAGCAGGAAACCCGCCCACAUGUCGCUGGAGACGGCCCUGGAGGAAGAACGGCGGGAGCUGCUGGAGGAGAUGGGAGAGGGGCCCUCGCCGGCAUCGUACCGGCGCCGGAGCCUGCUGGACAUCUCACCGAGUCCCGGCUUCCUGCCCCCGCGGCAUGGCUCCAUCGCCGGCAUUGGCGUUGGCGUGACUCCCCCCUCCUCCUCCUCGGCCGUCCGCCAUCCGUCGCACUACUCGUCCUAUUCCUCGCCUUCUCCGCUUCCUUCGUCUCCUCGCCGCUCCUCCGCCACCCCCUCUUCAACCGCUACAGCUACCAGCUUCAAUCCAUCGCCCGCAACCGCGACAACGCCUCCACCACUCCCUCGCACCACCACCACUGCAACAACCACCACAUCCGCCGUGGCGCCCCCUUUGCCUUCUGCGCAGAGGAAAGGCUCCGUCCAAUCCGACGGGUCUGUUUCCCCCCACCGAUCCACCGACCUGGUGUCAGGCGACAAGGAAAAGUCCGGAGACAGCAACACCAGCAACGGCGCCAGCAACAAUACUCGAAUUAAGUCGGAACACAAGUCUGGUCCCAGCAUCCGCUGGGAUUCAUCCACCGACAUGCCCCCCAGCGUCGCCAACCGCAAUGCAUCCAGACGCGCUGCUCAACCGCAGGAGAAGCCAUCCAAUCGGCUGCCAAGCAUGGCUGCGGUGAUGUCAGGGCUCGACCUGAAAGUCGGGUUCCCGAGUUUUGUCAGAGGCAGGGACUCCAGCCGUAGCAACUCCACGCGGGGAACGUCCCUGGAUUCACGAGUCGCUUCUCUUCGACCAGGUCGCUCCAACUCCCCGAAACGCCGCUGGCUGAGUCCCAAUGCGCGUGGCCCGGCCGCCGAACCGGCAAAGCCUGCGGUGACCAGCAAAAAGGAAACCAGCCCUACGACAAAUGCUACCAAGGAGCCUAGUCCGGAAUCCCGCCCUGGGUCCCCCGAAGUGGAAACCAAAUCGUCAGCCCCGGGUGAGGCCCGGCUGGAGAAAGAUCAUUUCGACAAUGAAAACAAUCCGAUCGAGACUAGCGACGAGGAUGUCGGCGAAUCUACCUCUAGUGAUGACGAGGCAGCCCAUGAGGACGACUCCGAUGUUAAGCGUGGCAGGAAGAAGACCGUCGACAAAGAUCCCCCCGUCAGCACUGGUCAAAGGCAACUUACUACAACGAAGACCGCGCCUGUAUUCCGUUCCGAUAAUGAUUCAGCUGGAAAGGCUGAAUUGGUACACACUGCAAAACAAGGCCCAGUGCCGAAGAAGCCUGAUGUGCAUCCACGGACAAGCUUCGACUCGGCCUCGGCGACCAACACGCCGUUCGGAUCCGAGGAUGAAGCCGAGCUGUGCGAUAUCAAGCGGGCUCAGAAACUGGGAAUCCAAAUGUCCGCUAUCGAUAGUACCGUUCAGCAUCGGUCCAUCCGCACUAUCAUCCGCGGGGACUACACCGAUCUACAGGAAGAGGCAGAGGGCAGCCGUCGACGGCAACGCAAAUACCUCGUUGCUACAGACUUAAGUGAAGAAUCGGUGUAUGCAUUGGAGUGGACGAUUGGGACUAUCCUACGGGACGGAGACACCAUGUAUGCGGUCUGCGCCAUGCACGAUGAGACGGCCACGCCAGCGUCGGUGCAAAUUGGCGACGGCGCCAAGGCGAUGCAGGAUGCGGCAGCCGUAGUCGGGUCGCAGACGGCAGAGACAGCAGAGAAGGCCCAGAAUGACUCGAACUCCCAUCUUCCCCGUGCGCUCUUUGGUCGCCUGGGGACGGACAGCAAGCCGAGCUCAGUCGAUGCUCGAGGCAUGUCCAAGGCCGAGUCGGAACGCGUUCAUGCUGUAGAGGUCAUUUCUCAGACCUGCGUUCGGCUUCUGCGAAAGACACUGCUCCAGGUCCGCGUUGCUGUCGAAGCCAUCCAUUGCAAGAGCCCGAAGCAUAUGAUCACCGAAGCUAUCGACGGGCUCGAUCCAACACUGGUGAUCGUCGGCGCAAGAGGCCGCAGCGCACUCAAAGGUGUCCUUCUCGGAUCCUUCUCCAACUACCUCGUCAUGCACUCCUCCGUUCCAGUAAUGGUUGCGCGUAAAAAGCUUAAGCAGACCAAGAACAAGAAAACGAACGUCCGCCUAUCCAACAAUCUGACCACGCCCAAGAAACUGGCCCUUGCAAAGGUCGACUAG